AGAGUUGCGAUGACCAGUUUUCCCUCAGACAAGCUGUCUGAUUCUGUCAGCAUCGCGGAGUUGGCAGCUGAGACCAUGGAGAACAGCCCAGCAGGAAAGCCUACAAAACGUAGCACGGGGAAAGCAGUCCGAGCUUUCUUUCGCAAUGGAUGGACGGCUGUAAAGUCCCCUUUCAUUCGCGAGGACAACAGAGUGGUGUGUCUUAAACCACAGCCAGAUCUUGAGGACCCCGAGCUAAAGCGUGUUUCAAGUCCUGUGAGGAACAUGCCAACGCCGGGCACAUAUCCUGAGCUGGUGUGUUUGCCAGGCCAGGUGUGUGAGGAUCUGGAGUCCCCGUGUGUGUCAGAUUUCCUCAGGAUUGAGGAAACGCUGAACACAGAUCCUGCUGACUCUGAGCUGUCGCCUGCUUCAAAUCCCUCCAGUUUUGAUCCGAAUGAAAGAAAAGCUAAGAAAGGAAGGAAGAGGAGAGCAGUCCGUGCCUUCUUCCGGAGAUUAGGCGAGGCUGCAAAGGGGCUCUUCCUCCGCCACGGAUCGGAUCCGGCCCACUCCGAGCUGAUGCCUUUCCAGUCAGUACCGGAGCCGGACGAUCCAGAGCCGUUGCCUUUCGGACUGCGAUACGGAACCGUGGUGUCUGAUCUUUUUAGCGUGGGAGAAAGGAUAGGAGCAGGAAGUUUUGCAGAGGUUUAUGAGGGAACCCACAUAUUUUGUGAUUGUAUCAAGGUUGCCAUCAAGCAUAUACACAAGCGUGGACGGGAGCGUUAUCUCGACACUCCUGAAGACUCCAAACCUGUGCUUGAAGAAGUGGCACUGAUGCUGCGUUUGGGACAAGCUCCCUCAUGCCCCAACAUCAUCAAAUUAUACAUCUGGACCGAGGACGAGAGAAGCGCCAAUCUCAUCAUGGAGAAACCCGAUCCAUGCCAGACCUUGCAGGAUUACAUCACGUAUUCGGACGACAUCGGUGAAGCAGAAGCACGCUGGAUCAUACAUCAGUUAGUCCAAGCUGUGAAACACUGUGUUGACCGUGGAGUUUUCCAUGGUGAUAUCCACACGGGGAACAUCCUGCUGGACGACAGUCUGAAGCUCAAAUUGAUCGACUUCGGAUGUGGUCUUCUGAUUAGGAGUGAGGGCUUCAACAGCUGUGAAUAUCGAGGAGCACCCCUGUACACCCCACCUGAGGUCUUGAGGGACGAAGUGUUCUGCGCCGAGCCGGCAUACGUCUGGACUGUAGGAGUCGUGCUGUUUAAGAUCCUGCACAACGAUCUGCCCUUUAAACCCUUCGACGGCAUACUGCAUGACUCUCUUAACACGAGUCCGGCCUUAUCAUCAGCAUGCCGAGACCUGAUUUCCAGGUGUUUAGAGCGUGAUCCAGCGGAGCGACUGACACUAGAGCAGCUCGAGGAGCACAGCUGGUUUGAUUAGUAGCAGUCAGUCAGACGAGAAGAGGUAGUGUAACACAGAGGAAGGAGGAAACUACAUUUGCAGUGCAAAGCAGUUGUUUAUCAAUUCUGUAUUGUUUAGUGUGACCAGGAUGUAGAUGAAGUACAAAAGACAGAGGACAGCUCCAUCAAAAAAAAACAAACAAGGCAGGACUGAAGUGAAUGGAAAAGGACAGCGUUUACAUGCAGGUCAGAGAAGAGAUGUUAUUGAGGCCAGCAGGGGGCGCUGCUCACCCUUUGCUCUGUGUAGGUCCGAACGCCCCAGUAUACUGAUGGAGACACAUUAGUGGCAUUUCAGGGUGCUUUCACACUUGCCUCAUUUAGUUCGGUUCGGUUGAAAGACUAGAGUUGGUUUUCCCUCUCGGUGCGGUUCGU